AUGUCGGGGCGGUGUUUACCACUUCUCGCACUCAUCAUCGGAAUCUCUGGUAAUUCUUCUGACACUGGAUGACAAAUUUAAAUGAGACAUUUUCAGGUGUUUCCUCGGCUGGGCUUGACUGCGACUCGACAGUUUACUUUGAGUGCCAGAGUGAUCUCAACAAAGCGCUCAGCAUUUCGGAUCCCCAGCCAUGGUUCAGCCCGGAAAACUUUAGAAAAGAGGCAAGUCAGUGAAGAAGGGCUAGUUCAAAUAUCGUGCCCUUUAUCAACAAUGAUAAUGAAAUGAUAUGACGAUUUUUGAAAAAAGGGUGCGGUGAGAGCGUGAAAAGAGAACAUGAGAUGAUAUGUUGUAAUCGGAUGAAAUUAGCUUCAACUAGACUUUGAUGACAAGCAAUCAAAACAGAAUGUCCGUUAACGUUUCCGUUUUGAAUUUCAGGUUGAAACAUUCUACCAGAACCAGGGACCAGAUGGAAUUCGCAAAGUUUGCAAGUCAGAAUAUCAGUAUUGUAUGCCAUAAAUCAUCAUGAUUUCUAGAGCUUUCCGCGAAUUCAAAGUGUGCAUGGGUGCUCAAUAUCCAAGCUGCAUGACGCCGGUCCACUUCGUUUCUGUCUCGGCCACUACUCUCAACGCUUAUCAGUUUGUCGGGUUGUUCAACCAAAUGCACUUCGUCUGUGGAGCUGGACUGCAAAGUGAGUUUUUAUGGUUUCGCCGUUGAAAAUGUACACACCCUUCAAAAUUGUCGAAGAACGUAGACACACACAUUCUGUUUUGCAGCAUACCUUUCCAAUGAGGGGUGCAUGUCGACGACGUGGCAAGGAAGAGGCGGAGAGCAAUUGACAGAAUGCCGACUCGAGUAUGAGCAGACCAGUGAUAUCGACGCCGAACAGGCUUGCACGUAAGGGAACAAACACGGAACUGAUUUUUGAACUCAUCGUUUCAGUUUGGCCAACAAGUACUUGAUUUGCUUCGAAACCCAGUUCAAGAACAACUGCGGAGACAAGUCGAACGAUGCUCAGUUCUGGGCUUGCGAGUACUCGCGAGUCAACAUCUUUACCAGAUUCCCGCAAUGCGCUGCCAGAUGCGUUUGUGAGUUGUCUUUCAGCAUUUUGCAAUCUCCUUAAAUUGUGUGAUUUUCAGUGCCGUACAGUGGAGGUAUUAUUGGAUGA